AUGGCUACCAAACAUCCCCUUCCCACCACCUUCUUAUCCAAUGCACCUACCACUGAUGAGGAACCAACUUCAUUCGCCUCAGCCAACAAAGAUCCCAAAUGGAGAGGAGCAAUGAGUGAAGAGUUUAACGCUCUACUCCGCAAUGGGACAUGGCAGCUAGUUCCAAACCAUCCCUCUAUGAAUUUAGUGGGCAACAAAUGGGUGUAUCGAAUAAAGAGGCAUUCCGAUGGAACCAUCUCUAGAUACAAAGCUCGUCUUGUAGCAAAAGGAUUCCUCCAACGAGAAGGAAUCGACUAUUUUGAUACAUUCAGUCCUGUUGUAAAACCAACUACAAUCAGGAUUGUCCUCUCAAUAGCUGUUUCAUAA